AUGAUCCCUCCCCUCUGGUGCGUCUUGCACAUAUGGUCCCUUGCGCGGUGCCGUUGGCCGGCAGUCUUCCAACCAGACAACACAAUACAGCUCUCACCAGACCGGCAGCCUAUAGGAUUCGAGUUCCACAUCACCUCUGGCAAGGUAGAUGUUUUCGGUGCAGGCACCAUAGAGGCCAUUCUUAUCAAUGGCAACUUCGUAGGGCCAACUUUACGUCCUUGUGAGGACGAUGAGGUCGAGGUUCUCGUACGAAAUUAUCUGCAACAAGAUACCACCAUGCAUUUUCAUGGUAUCGAGCAACGGACGACGCUCUGGAGCGACGGAGUCCCGGGUCUUACUCAACGCCGGAUCCACGCCGGCGCUUCUUAUCUAUACAGGUGGGCAGCAGAUAAUGCUGGCAGCUUCUCUUACCACGCCCACUCCCAAGGCCAGCUGAUGGAUAGUCUCUACGGCACAAUUAUCGUCGACGCGUCUCCUGAAGCUGAGCGGCCGUUUAAACUCAUUAGUCGCGAUGCUGCCGAGGAACAAAACAUGCUUGUGGCCGAGUCGUUGAGUCAACCACUUCUCAUGGCUGACUGGAGCCACUACAAGUUCGACGACUUUUAUUGUAUAGAAAUGGUGGCGAAUUACGACCUUGCUUGUACAGAUGCCAUUAUUGUUAAGGGCAUGCUGAGGCACCUCGGAGAGGACCAUGGAUACGCCCCACCAAUUCAAGCUCUGCAGGGGGACUAUGAUCUGCUGCCCCAUGCGGCGGCGCUCACGUUCGUCAACGUCGGCGGUCUUUACCCGUUGCAGGUUUCUGUUAACAACCACGAACUGCACGUCUUCGUCGUAGAUAGGCAAUACAUCCACACGGUGGUAACCAAUCAGGUCUACGUUGGCAACAGAAACCGCGUCUUGGUAAUGAUCAAGCUUGACCAAGAGCCAGCCCGGUACAAAGUCCAGAUAGCCAACUACCUCCUCAAUCAGAUCCUUGGGGACUUCGCUGAGAUGACUUAUGGUGAUGCCGGCUCCGCACCGCGACACCAAAUCCCCAAGCUGAACUACGCCAGGCAGCCUCUAAUCGACGGAAUCCGCUCAUUCAAACCAGAACAGGGCAAGCCUUAUCCUGAACGACAACCAGCACGGGAAUCUGAUCAAACAGUCAAGGUGGUACUGAGAAAACCCGGUUGCCCUCAGGGCGCGUAUGAGUGGAGUCUCUCUAGUCACAAGUUAUACAACAUAACAGCAGAAGAACAGGACCCGCCAAUACUCUUCCAACGGCCUAGGAAUGUGCUAGACAGCAAGCUCAUUGUUUUCCUUGAAAGCCAUCCGGUUCAUAAGCACAGGAAUAAGGUAUUUUUCCUUGGGUCUAGGAACGGGAGGUUUCCCUGGACCAGUGUGGCCCUCCCAGCGGGCUCCUUCAACUCUUAUCUUGAUAUGUUCACUACACUAGAUAUUGCGGUAAGAUACAAGGUAGAAAAUCCAAGAGCAUGGCUUCUGUACUGCCAUGCUAGGGGGAUGGGUAUAGUCUUGAUGGAUAGUGCAGAUCACUUUCCUAAGGUACCGCUGGAAUACCGGAAAUCGAACGGCUUCAAGCUCACAUAG